GACAGACUGCAGAAUCAGUGACAGAGGAGUGUGAAGGUAUCAGAGCAGUAUUAAAUACAGGGAUAUUUCUUUAGAGCAUGAGGUCAACUUGGCGGCUGUCUUGGUAUGCUAUUCUGAGUAUGUUCCUGUGGGUGCCCUGGGCCUGGUGUGGUGUGGUGGAGGACUUUGACCAUGUGGAGCACUGUAAGGACUAUAUGUACAUGGGCAUACCACCACGGGGCUACCUGGCGGGCAGCAACCUGAAGAAGAUCUGCCAGAUCCUGGAGGACAACCCCCGAUUCGUCACCCUCUAUGACCCCCGCAGACACAUGCCCCUCUACUCUGCCUACACCUUCAAACGGUCUGACGGGGAGAAGAGCAUGGACCAMCCCUGGAUGUACGAACCACAGCUGGCCUCCAGUAAAUCCAGCAGUAAUAUGGAGGUCUACCCACAGCCGGCUCAGAUGCACAUGCGUCUCAUGGACAGUCAGGCGGUGCUGGAGGACUUUACAGACGUGCCCCAGUAUGUGCGUGGCCAACUGAACCCAGACCAGCACCAGUUGGAGCCCCUCGACAAGGCAGCCACCUACACCCUGUCCAACGUGGUGCCUCAGAUCAGAGAGUUCAACACUGGCCCCUGGGCCCAGCAUGAGGACCGUAUCAGACGACGUCUCAACAACUACUGCCGCGGCAAUGCCUAUGUCAUCACGGGAGUUACCUCGGCCGGGAACAUGAUUCGGCGAGACAACCAGGACCGUGUGGGCAUCCCAGAGUACAUGUGGACGGCCUACUGCUGUCCAGACUACGACCACAAUGCCCCCUACCUAGAGCGCUACCGCUUUCCUGUGUUUGGGGCCUAUGGUCUGAAUAAUAGGGUCAACAAUGCUGUGGUGGAGGUGCCUAUCAAGACCCUAGAGACGUUUCUGAAGGGACGGAUGGACGUGGACAAGAACUACCAGAUCUUCUACAAUGACUGUGUGCCUGAUGACAUGUAGCCAUACUAGAAAACGUUUUGUCUAUAGCUGUAAUGGUGACGGACAUAAAAGCAAGGUUUUAGUAUUGUGGGAUCAAAUGGUAUAUGGUGUGGAUGUAUUUAUUCAUACAUACACUAGAGGGAGCUUCUGUCAAACUUCUACGUUUACAUUGUAGUUACUGGCCCAACGCUCUUAACCACUAGG